UAUAACUAGCUUCUUGUGAUGGGUUGACCAUAGUUAAAGACGAGGAAGAAAAGUUUUUGCUGAUAAAUCCAACUACAAGGGAGAUUAAGGUAUUACCAAUCUCGCCUUAUGCUCCUAAUCCUCUUACUUGUGGACUUGGGUAUGAUUCAGUUAAUGAAGAUUAUAAGGUAGUUAUGAUUUCUCAUAGUGGCAGUGCUGAUGCUCAGAUGCUUGUUAGUGUUUAUUCUGUUAGAAAUGGUACUUGGAAGAGCGUCGAAAAUUCUCCAUUCGAUCAUAGUGAAUCUAGUUACACUUCUGUGGUUUCUGUUGGUGGAUAUAUAAAUUGGGUAGCUUAUAGGCCUUCAGAUGAUAUGUAUGCUAUUGCAGCAUUUGAUUUGGAGAAAGAGGUCUUUCAGGAAGUGCCACUUUCUAGUUUGGUUGAUGAUGAUGAUGAUGAUGACAAGUCCGUGUCAGACGAUUCUGAAGAAGUUUCAGAUGCUGAUAGUGAGGAGUUUGAGUUCGAUCAGCUGACUAAACUCGGAGGAUAUCUCUGUGCCUAUCCUUCAAGUAUUUCGGACACUUGUCAUGAGAUAUUUGUCGCGAUGAUGAAAGAAUAUGGUGUCAAGGAAUCUUGGACAAAAAUCUUUGUAAGUAACUUUGAUGCUGAGAUUAGGCCUCUGUGUUUGUUGGGAAAGAAACAACUGGUGCUGGUGCUGGAUGAGCAGACAACUGGUGAGACAUUGGUGAUGUACGAUUUGGAAGAACGAACUGUCAAGGAUAUUGUAAUUCAUGGCAUUCCGGAGAGAUUUGGUGUUGGAGGGAGCUUCAUGGAAAGCCUUGUCUCGCCUCAUUGCAGUAAGAGCAAUAUGUUUCUCUUGCUUGAUUGUGAGAUUUCUUGUUGCCUAGUUUCUGCAAAACAAAGUGUUCUUUUAUCAUUUCGAGUCAUAUUACUAUUUAUAUUUUCUUAGACCAUAACGAGUUCUCUUUAGGUGAUUUGUAAGUGUCAGUGUGACAUGUUUAUUUGAUCGUUUGGAUGCUUCUGGUGCUGUAUUGCACCUCUUGUGCUGCACAUUUGAGAAUUCAAGUUGCAGGUUCAUUUCUGCUAUAAUAAAUAUUACUGUACUUUUUAUCAAGGAGAUUGAUAAUUCUGAGCAAAUUAAUGAAUGUAAUUUGUACAUUUUUAUAAGAAACACCUGUU